GACCACAGUCGCAAUUGCAACGACGCAACGAUCAUUGCAAUCAGCUACCACCAUAAGACAGCAUGAUAAAGGAGGUGUGAGGGACAGCACUUGACUUGUUACUGUGCUUGCUUUGACCACAGCGACGAAAAGCAACCCAUUGCCAUGGCUUCUCAAUUAUGGAAUCGAAUGGCGAUCUUGGGCCGUGAUGGUGUGACAAUCAGUCGAGCGUUUGCUCAAGCGGUCAGUCCCAUCCUUCGACGUCAAGACACCCACACAUCUUUCAGUGAUGCCUUUCGGAAUGUCAUUGUAUCACAGGCGAGACAAUCCAAUCAAGUUGCUGCUUCCCUGUUGUCCUUACAGCAACAAAUUGGUCUCAUUCAAUACCAUGGCGUGUCGGACUAUCUGCGACAACGACAAGGAUUGCUACAAUCAUCAUCAUCAUCAUCUGGUGGUGGCACGACUAUGUCAACGACAUCUGACAGCACAAGUCCUCCUUCUUCGGCUGGAGGAAACGUGGCCAAAGUUGCUUUUAUGAUCACCACGGCCAUGCGAAUAGAACUGACCGAGAGUCUAGGUUAUACAGCAGAAGGUAUCAAGUCUCUGACACCGAAAGAAGCCUCUUUGAUACUUCACCACAGCAUUAAACCAGAAAUGAAAGAGGAACAAUUGCCCGGCAUUCUGGAAGCUUACGAGGCAGAGAAAGAAAAAUUUCAACAAGAACAAGAAAAAAUCCAACAAGAACAAGAAAGGCAACAAGAGCAAGAAAAGUUAGAGUUGGCAGCACAAAAGGAAAUGGAGACCAAGGAGGCUCCACCUGAGGACACAAAGGAUACCAGCACUAUGCAAGAGCAAGAGAAUAAUCUGCAACUAUCAGGGGGAACAAGUGAAAAAGAACAAGAGUCUACACCACAAUCCAAACCAACGCCCUUUUCCUUGGAAACUCCAACAAUAGGUUUAGCAGACAAAAUACCCAGCAAUAGCAGCAGUGCCAAUGGUGGAAAAGCUGCUUUGGGCGACUUUGUUUCCAGCAUGGAUGGUCAAUCAGAAUAUGAUAAGCAAGAGUGGUAUGAAGUUGUCGAGACGAGAACAGGUGACAAGACAUCGUCUCCUGUUUUGCUCUUUUCUACUAAAGCGGAAGCGGAUGAGGCCAUGGAACUCAAGGAAACCUUCGCCGAACGAAGAGCAAAGGAAGACAAGGACAAUCAAGACAAUAUUCCAGCUACCACAUACAGUGUAAAUAGGACAUUAAAGUGACUAACAAAACUCGUGGUGGAAGGACCAAACUCUAUCUUAUGAAAUGUUUGUACUGUUACCAGCACAGAAGAGUGAAAAU